AUGUCAGCAAUGGAUAUAGAUUCUGAUGUUUCCACAUUGUUAGCAAGUAUAAGGCUGGAACUAGAAUCACCAGAAUUGAUUAAUAUUUUUUAUCAAUUAGAAGAUUUUUAUGAACGUAAAUUAUGGCAUCAAUUAACUCAAAUAUUGGAUGAAUUUUAUUAUACAUAUGAUCAAACUCAAAUUAGUCAUGAUUUGAAAAAUAAACUUUAUAGUCUAUUUAUUCAACAAUUCCAAUCAAAAUUAAAUUCAAUAAAAGUUGUUGAUUUUUUAUUAGAAAGUUAUCCAGUAAAAGAUACAUUAGAUAAAUUAAUAUCAUUAAGAAAAGAAUUUGUUGAUAACUUAAAAAAAGAAAAUAAUUUCAAAGAUAAUGAAGAUCCAGAAUUUAAAAAAAUUUUAGAAAAUGAUGAUUCAUUAAUAUAUAUUGAUUUACAAAUUGCACGUUAUAAUUUAUAUCUUGAAAAAUUAGAUGAAGCAGAAAAGACAUUAUCAAGAAUUGAACCCAAAUUUGAAAGUUUAAAUAAUGAAUAUAGUAGUAAAAUCAAUGCAGCAUAUUACUUAACAAAAUGUCAAUUAUAUAAAUUAACUAAAAAUUAUAAUGAAUUUUAUAAAAAUGGUUUAUUAUAUCUUUCAUCAGUAUCAACAUUAAAUCAAGAUGAAAAAAUAAAAUUAUGUUAUGAUUUAUGUAUAGCAGCAUUAUUGGGUGACAAAGUAUAUAACUUUGGAGAAUUAAUAUCACAUGAUAUUUUACAAGAAUUUAAUAAUGAACAAUCACAAUAUUAUUGGUUAUAUCAAUUAAUUCAAAAUUUAAAUUCAGGAAACCUAAAGGAAUUUAAUAAAUGGAAAAAUAUAGCAUUUGAAAAAUCACCAUUUUUAAAAAAUCAUGAAAUAUUUUUAAAUCAAAAAAUUAUAAUAAUGUCAUUAUUAGAAUUAAUUUCAUUAAAAUCUACAACAAAUAAAAAAUUAACAUUCAAAGAAAUUAAUGAAUUUACUGGUACUCCAUUAAAUGAUGUUGAACAUUUAAUUAUAAAAUGUUUUUCAUUAAAAUUAAUCCAAGGUUAUAUAAAUCAAAUUGAUGAAAUAUUAAUUAUAACUUGGUUACAACCAAGAAUAUUAAAUUUAGAUCAAGUUCAUUCAUUAUAUACUCAUUUAGUUGAUUGGGAUAAUAAAGUUGAACAAUUAGGUAAUAUUGUACAUCAAAGUGGAGGAACUGUUUGGGCAGGAUUGUAA